AUGGCGUAUUCGCGCAUCGCCCGAUGCGUCGCCACCCUCACCAAUCUCCUUUUCUUGAGCGUCGCCGUGCUGCUGCUGGCGAUCACUCUCCUCUCGGCGUUCAAUCCACCAAAAGCAGUAGUGUCCCCGAGCAGAGUGAAUGAGUAUCCACAGGUUUGAUUACAAUUCAUUCCAAUUCCAAAUAACUCUUCUGUUGCAGUUCAUAGUAACUCUUUUGCUGAUCGGUUGUUAUGCGACAUACCUUUUCGUUCUUUCCCUUCUCGGACUCGUUUCACUCUGUUUCCUCAAUUCCAUUCUACUGUUUGUGGUGAGUACUCAACCGAGUGUAAUCAAAUUCUGUUCACUUCUUUCAGUUCAUUCUCGGUCAAACCGCAAUGAUGUUCGUUCUCGGCAUCUCGUUCGCCUUCACAUUGACAGUCAGAAAGAGGGUAAUCAUUUGAAAAGUAAAUGAUAUCAACAUAUGCCGUGGAAAUGUUUCAGUUGCACUUCAAGUUGGAAGAAGAAUGGAGGAACAAGCCGAACUGCCUGGAAGGACAGACGUGCGUCCCUCUGGAGACGUUCAGAAGUUCGGAAUCUCUACUCAUCUUCCUUCUUGUCAUAUUCCUUGUUAUUCAGGUUAUCAAAAACGUUCCAGCCUCUCUGAAAACGAAUUAUUUUCAGCUCGUCCAAUACGCCGCGAGUUGGUACCUUUGCGAGCGAAGAUCCAGCCAAGAAAAGUACAAACUGCAGCUUCAGAAAGCCGACGAAGAUGACGAGUGA